AUGACCACCACUUGGCUUCUACUUUCACAUACCGUCCACUCAUUGACAAACAAACCGAGCUACGCACUCCACACCAAAUACCGCCAACUUGCUCACUGCGCACCACGACUACCAGCAUGUCCUUCGCCGACUCCUCCAACCUCGAAUCGCAACCCACUACCUGGCGCCGGCAGGAUGACCCGGAAUACGCCGACGACCCCGAGUUCACACGCUACACCUCCGAGCUUUCCGACAAGCUCUUCUCGCUCACCGCCAACAUCUCCCGCCUGAACAACCAAAUCGCGCUCCUCGGCACCAGGCGUGAGACCGAGCGCGUGCGCGAGCGCGUACAGGACCUCUUAUCGGAGACGGGAGAUGGCUUCAAAGAGAUCGGAGAGGGACUGCGGAAGGUGGCGGCAUGGCAUGACUUGGGUCCGAGCCAGAAGUACACGCAAGGGAAGCUGAACCAGGAGUUCAAGGCCAGUUUGACCGAAUUCCAGAACGUGCAGAGGCAGGCUUUGGAGAAGCAACGGGCGAGCGCUACGGCUGCCAAAGCUGCGUUAUCACAAGAGGAUGGCGCGGGAGGUGCAAGCGCGACCACGGAUGUGGGUCAGCAGACACAGCAACAAUUACAGGAACAGCAGCCGCGACUCGCAAACCAGGACGAAGUGGACUUUCAAGAGAGCCUCAUCAUUGAGCGCGAGAACGAGAUCCGAAAUAUCGAGCAGUCGGUGGGCGAGCUGAACGAGCUUUUCCGCGACGUGGCGCAUAUGGUUCACGAGCAGGGUGGGCAGUUGGAUAUCAUUAGUGAAAACGUCACGCAGACGAGAGAUGACACGAAGAAUGCGGAUCAGCAGCUCAGGACGGCGAGUCGCCAUCAGAAGAGCGCGAGAGGGAAGAUGUGUUGUUUGCUGCUUAUUUUGGUUGUGGUGUUGACGAUUAUCAUCUUGGCGGCGGUCUUGGGGUAGAUACCACGAUUGCGAUUGUUGGGCGCUUUGUAACGUACACGCAGUCUGUUGUACAGGCGUUGCGAAGCAGUAAGUGCUGAAACGAAUCUCACUUAUCUCUUCUGCUUAUAACCAGCUGAGCUUGACGCCGUCGUUGUUAGAGCAACUGUCAAUGCAGAUCUGUGCAUGAGCCCGUCAAUGCCAGAUAACCAGAGCAAACACAUUCAAAGACAGGUCCAC